CGGUGCAUUGCGACACCAGCACAGGCCGAGGCGGCGGCGGUGGCCUGGAUCCAGAGAGCGGAGCCUUUGCAAGGCGGAGGGUUUUUCCCUCCCUCCCAUUGAUUGUGGCUGGGGGCGGAGUGACUGCAGUCUCUCUGCCUGCUGCCGCAUUUAGCUUCGACCUCCCACGGCUCCUGGUCGGUUGGGUUGCUGGUACAGGUAGCGGGGCUUGGUACACCCACAGAAGCCGCUCGAAGCGGAUUAGACUCCGCUCGCCUCCGCUUUUACAUUAAGAGGCUUUAAUUCUCUGGACUCGUUUCGGAUCUGAUACGGCGCAAUGGCGGCGCCUGGUCAGGAUGACUGCUCUGUCCGGGUUGCUGUAAGAAUUCGCCCGCAAUUGGCUAAAGAGAAGAUUGAGGGAUGUCACAUUUGCACUUCAGUUAUACCCGGAGAGCCCCAGGUUGUCCUUGGAAAGGAUAAAGCAUUUACUUUUGACUUUGUUUAUGACAUGGACACUCAACAGGAGGAGAUCUAUAUGAAGUGUGUUGAAAAGCUUAUUGAUGGUUGCCUGGAAGGUUACAACGCCACUGUUUUGGCAUAUGGUCAGACUGGCUCUGGGAAGACGUACAGCAUGGGGACUGGAUUCGAUGUCAACAUCACUGAAAUUGAACAUGGUAUAAUUCCACGUGCUGUCAAGCACCUUUACUGCGGCAUUGAAGAGCGAAAGCGUGCUGCUGUUGAAUGUGGAUUACCACCACCAGAGUUUAAAGUUAAUGCUCAGUUUCUUGAGCUUUAUAAUGAAGAAAUUCUCGACCUGUUUGACUCAAUCCGUGAUCUUGAGGCAAGACACAAAAAGUCAAACAUUAAGAUUCACGAAGAUGCAAAUGGAGGAAUUUAUACUGUAGGAGUAACAACACGUACUAUUAGCUCAGAAUCUGAGAUGCUGCAGUGUCUGAAGUUGGGAGCUCUUUCUCGUACAACUGCUAGUACUCAAAUGAAUGUUCAGAGUUCUCGCUCUCAUGCCAUUUUUACAAUACAUUUAUGUCAAGUGCGCGUCUGCAUCAAAAAUGAUAAUGAUGAAGUGAUGGACAAUAAAGUAAUUAACGAAUCGACAGAAAUGAAUGAGUUUGAAACCCUCACAGCCAAGUUCCAUUUUGUUGAUCUUGCAGGAUCAGAAAGGCUAAAGCGUACAGGAGCAACUGGAGAGAGGGCAAAAGAAGGAAUUUCAAUUAACUGUGGUCUACUGGCACUUGGAAAUGUCAUCAGUGCACUUGGCGAUAAAAGUAAGCGAGUCACUCAUGUACCUUAUCGAGACUCAAAAUUAACAAGAUUGCUGCAAGAUUCCUUAGGAGGCAAUAGCCAAACAGUUAUGAUAGCUUGCAUCAGCCCAUCAGAUCGUGAUUUUAUGGAAACUUUGAACACACUGAAAUAUGCAAACCGUGCACGGAACAUCAAAAAUAAGGUGAUGGUCAACCAGGACAGAGCAAGUCAGCAAAUCAAUGUGCUCCGUGGUGAAAUAGCACGUCUGCAGAUGGAACUUACAGAAUACAAAACGGGUAAGAGAAUAAUAGGAGAUGAUGGUGUGGAGAGUAUCAAUGAUAUGUUCCAUGAAAAUACUAUGCUACAAACUGAAAACAAUAAUCUGCGGAUGAGGAUAAAAGCAAUGCAAGAGACCUUGGAAUCACUGAGGGCAAGAAUAACACAGCUGCUCAGUGAUCAAGUCAACCAAGUUCUUGCCAAAUCAGGAGAUGGUAAUGAAGAAAUUAGCGCAAUGAUUCAGAAAUACAUCCAAGAAGUUGAAGAUCUCCGAUCAAAAUUAUUUGAGAGUGAAGCAAUGAAUGAAAACCUUCGGCGUAAUCUGUCAAGGGCUUCGGCAAGACCCCUAUACUUGAAUGGCACUUUUUCUGGUUCAGUUCUUGGUUCAGAGAAAGGAGCAAUGGAAGUCUUGGAAAUGGCUAAAAAGGACUUGGAAAAACUUAAGAAAAAAGAAAAGAAAAAGAAGAAAAGUGUAAUUAAAGAAGAGAAUCUGGAUGAAGGGGAAAAGGUAGAAGAGAAAAGCAUUGAGGAAAAAGAAAAGAAUGACUUAGAAGAGGAGGAGGGCCAAGAAUGCAGUGAUCAUGAAGAAGGUGAUGAAGAAGAUGCUGAAGAAGAUGAUUUAGAAAUAAGUGAAAGUUCAGAUGACUCUGACUCUGAGUUAGAUGAAGAAGCCAAUUUCCAGGCAGAUCUGGCUAACAUAACCUGUGAAAUAGCAAUUAAACAGAAACUAAUAGAUGAACUGGAAAAUAGCCAGCGACGGCUUCAGACACUCAAACAGCAAUAUGAAGAAAAGUUAAUGAUGCUGCAAAAUAAAAUUCGGGACACCCAGCUGGAGAGAGAUCGUGUUCUACAAAAUCUAGGUUCAAUGGAAUCGUUUUCUGAAGAAAAAGCAAAUAAAAUUAAAUCAGAAUAUGAAAAGAAACUUCAAGUCAUGAAUAAAGAAUUGCAGAAAUUACAUGCUGCCCAAAAGGAACAUGCCCGAUUGAUUAAAAAUCAAGCACAAUAUGAAAAACAGUUGAGAAAGCUACAGCAGGAAGUGGGAGAAAUGAAGAAAACAAAGGUCCGUUUAAUGAAACAAAUGAAGGAGGAACAAGAACGAGCUCGCAUGACAGAAUCUAGGAGAAACCGGGAAAUUGCUCAACUGAAGAAAGAGCAACGCAAGCAAGAACAUCAAAUGAAACUUUUGGAAGCUAAAAAGCGACAACAAGAAAUAAUCCUACGGCGAAAAACUGAGGAGGUUACAGCCCUUCGAAGACUAUCAAAGCCGAUGUCAGAUAAAGUAGCUGGGAGAGUGAGUCGUAAAUUGAGCUUACCAGACCCAAUUUCAGAGCCACCAUCCCACAUAAGUAUUUAUGAACAUGACCGAUCAACUGCUCACUUCACUGGCCCACAUAAAGGGAGAGCUCUUACUUCUCGGAUGCUGGCUACUUCAGCAGACAAAACAAAUGGAAUGAGGAAGAGUUACCAGAGGAAAAUUACAAGUAGAUAUACAUCAAGAGCAGCAAGAAUGAAAUGGCAGUCACUUGAACGUAGAGUUACUGAAAUCAUCAUGCAAAGGAUGACUAUUGCCAACAUGGAAGCUGAUAUGAAUCGACUUCUCACGCAACGUGAAGAUUUGACCAAAAGACGUGACAAGUUGAAUAGACGGAGAGAAAAAUUUGUGCAAGAGUGUGUAGAUGACAAAACAAUCCAUAAUAUUAAUGAGGAAGCAGAGUCUUUGAGUGCAAAUAUUGAUUACAUUAAUGACAGCAUUUCAGAAUGCCAGGCCAAUAUCAUGCAGAUGGAGGAAGCAAAGGAGGAGGGGGGUACAGUGGACGUUUCAGCUGUAAUCACUUCCUGCUCUUUGACAGAAGCUCGCUACGUAUUGGAUCACUUCCUCACCAUGGCUAUUAAUAAGGGUCUCCAAGCUGCUCAGAAGGAAUCUCAAAUUAAGGUCCUAGAAGGCCGAGUAAAGCAAAUAGAAAUAAACAGUUCUACUCAAAACCAGCUGCUGUUCCACAUGUUGAAAGAGAAGGCUGAAUUUAACCCAGAACUGGAAGCUUUACUUGGAAAUGCUUUGCAAGAACUAGAUAGCAUACCUAUGGAAAAUGGAGAUGAAAGCAGUGAAGAAGAAAAUAUAACUAGCCCUGGAACAGAAGGCAGUUCACUGACAUCUGACCUAAUGAAAUUAACAGGUGACACCAAACCAAAGGAUAAGGCACGAAGGAGGACAGCUACACAAAUGGAGUUGCUUUAUGCAGACAGUAGUGAUUCUGCCUCAGAUAUUGUUGCGGGAGAUCUUGCUAUGCCUGUGCCAUUAAUGCCUGUUGCAGAGGUGCAAGAAAUUGAAAAGGAGACUGGAACUUCUUUGCUGGCUGAUGCUGCUUCAGCUAGAGAAAAAGAGAUAAUCCCAUCACCAUCUGGCUUGCCUCUUAGGCUUGGCAGUAGCAUAUCCAGGCCACCACCAUCAGAAAAGAAAGUACCUGAACCUUCACCAUUAUCCAGAAGGAAGUUAUACGACAGAGGCAACUUGGCAGGAGAGAAAAUGAAGGUUAAAGAACAAAAACAGUCAGAUGAAAGUGACUCCUCUCUUUCGGAGGUACAAAGGGGAAUAAUUAAUCUGUUUCCCAGUUCCAAAGGCAGUAGGAAUGCACCCCUUUACUGCAAUCAUAUAGCUGAAGGACACAACAAAGCAGUACUAUGUCUGGAUGCAACAGAUGAUCUCCUAUUCACUGGAGCAAAAGAUCGCACUUGUAAAGUAUGGAAUCUCGUAACUGGGCAAGAGAUCAUGUCUCUUGGUGGACAUCCCAAUAACGUGGUGUCUGUCAAAUACUGCAGUUAUUCCAGUUUGGUAUUUUCUGUUUCCACAUCUUAUAUUAAGGUGUGGGAUAUCCGAGACUCUGCCAAAUGCAUUCGAACACUGACUUCAUCUGGCCAGGUAUCAAUGGGGGAUGCUUGUGCGAGCACAAAAAAUAGAACGGUUACCAUCCCUCCUGGAGAAAAUCAAAUAAACCAAAUUGCACUGAACCCCACUGGAAUGUUUCUCUAUGCUGCCUCGGGUAACUCUGUGCGGAUGUGGGAUCUCAAAAGGUUUCAAUCCACUGGAAAGCUGACUGGUCAUUUAGGACCAGUUAUGUGCCUUACUGUUGAUCAAACUGCAAAUGGACAAGAUCUCAUUAUUACUGGGUCCAAAGAUCACUACAUAAAGAUGUUUGAUGUGACAGAAGGUGCUAUAGGGACUGUGAGCCCUACCUACAAUUUUGAGCCACCACAUUAUGAUGGCAUUGAAUCACUCACAAUCCUGGGUGACAGCCUGUUUAGUGGAUCCAGAGAUAAUGGGAUAAAGAAAUGGGACAUGGUGCAGCAAGAACUACUCCAGCAAGUUCCAAAUGCUCACAAGGACUGGGUGUGUGCUUUGGGGAUUUUACCAGGCAGGUCAGUUCUUCUUAGUGGCUGCAGAGGUGGCAUCCUUAAACUUUGGAAUGUGGACAACUUUUCACCACUUGGAGAAAUGAGGGGACAUGACAGCCCCAUAAAUGCCAUUUGUACCAACUCUACCCAUGUCUUUACUGCAUCAGAUGACCAAACCGUCAGGAUUUGGAAUGCACGAAGGCCAUCAGACGGGCAAAUGUUGGAAACUGCAGAUGCAAAUGAUGAUAUCAGCAGCCAAAUAUAAAUGCAGCAGAAAAGAAACGCUGUCAUUGGCAGAUAGCACUUUUAUGAUGGUUGAACGAGCAGUUUUAACUGGACUGAAGGCAAACUGGAAGACAUACCAUGACUGUAGAGAUUUUCAUCAGUUCUGAAUGUUCAAAUUCAUACUACUUUUAAACACUCAGCGGAGAAAAAGCAAUUCAUCCAAUUAUCAGAAACAUAAUGCAUGAUUGUUUUAGUGUUGUGAGAAUAGUAAUUGUGACAAGCUUUACACUAUGCAAAGCUGUUAUAAUAAGUCUAUUCAGUCUGCUGUGGCUUUCAGAACAGCAAGGCUUACACAUCAAAAAAUACACAAGCGUAGCAAAUCAUAAUCCUAUACAGCUAAUGGGAAUUGAAAUGUACUUGGUCUGUGGCAUUGCCAGCAAUGGUUUGUGCAGGUUUAAAUAGAUACAGCAAAUGUGGCCUAAGUGUUUGUGCUUCUGUACAGUGUAUAUUGCUGUUGCAUUACUUUAAAGACUGGAUUUUGCAAUGUCUAUUUACGCAGCAGUAUUCUCGUUCUCUCACUCAAAUAUUUGUAGCAAAGAAUUUGUCUAGAAUGUAUGUGUUUUAUGUUCCCAUUUGUAACAUUACCAUACUGUCCCUCGCUGCUCAAAUUAAGCUGAAAAUCCUAUCUGCCUGCUAUUCUUUCAAAUAAGAGGAAGUAGCUACUGCAGUUGAGUGGAUAAAAUGCUGCUAUAACAGUGAGAAAUAGUGCAUGUUUGCAUUUAAUGACUAACAAUUAACUGGACAGUUUCACCUGGAGUGGAAAUGCACUGUAUAUAGUGAGGUUGAAGAGCUGAAACAUGUUACAUUGCGUCUGGUUGAUUUCCAGAUGCAGUAGAAUGUAGAUAACUAAAUGGGGAUAUAUUUUAUUUAGAUUUAGACUUUGAAUGAUAGUUUGAUUUUACUAAGCUUCUGAAAUUUUUAUAUAAGUAAGCCAGAUUGUUUUAGGUUUUAUUUGAUGUUUCUUAAGUUUGCUUGUAAACAAAUGGCCAAAUAAAGAAAUGUGUGCUCAACUUGCAAAUAUAUUGUUUUACAGUGGGUUAUAGCAUACUGUGAAUUAGAAGGAAAGGACAUUGCAUCUAAGUGCACUAAACCAUACCAUUUCAAACAACAUUUAUCUGCGACAAUAUUUCUCAAUUUAGAAUGUGAAUUGCUUAAGAUAUGCUACCAGCUUCAGAGAUUAAAUGAAUCAUCCACAAAUCGGGAUACUUUUUGGAUGCAAAUUUAUCCAACAAGCAGAACAAAUGGUAUCAAAUUGCACAAGAUGAUCUCUGCUUCAUAAACAAAAUAUUGUUUCCACCAAUAGCAUGUUAGACUAUAAAAAUAUAAUCAAUUAAUGGGUCACUGGGCAAAUUCAUUGUGUGUGACAGUGAGCAUUCAAGCCUGGGUUUGAUUUGCUGGGUGAGCUGUGUUGGAAUCACAGAGAAUGAAAACCAGCUAUGUUCAUGUGUCGAUCAUUAUCCUGUGGCCUUUACCAAGAAUUGACCAGGUGGGAAUAUUAGAUGUAGAGAGGAUUUGGAUUGGGCUCAACUAUGAUGCCAAAAUCUCUGACCUUCCUCCUGAACAAGAAAAGAGCCACUUGUUCUGUAAACGUAUGGUCUCCAGUACAUCAACUCACCCCUCGUGGCAUCAAAUAAAUCCUGUGAUUUGGCUAUAGUACCUUGGUAGAUUAUUCCAAGCAUUUCACUCCCUUACCAUAAACUAUUUUCUUUAUCCAUUCCAACUCCACUUUUCAUUAAUUUCCUAUUUGGCCAAUUAGUAGUCAUUAUAUAUCAAAGUAAUGAACCAUCUGUGAAUGUGUUGAGAAGUGCUGGGCUUACAUUUAUGUUUUUCCCAUUUGUUUCACUUGGUCUUACCCUUUUGGUUUAAAGUGGGCUAGUUUUCUUAAAUCCUUGUUUAUUUGUACUAUUUUAAAUAUUUUGAAGCCUCCUUAAUCUUCUUCCCAGACUUAAAUUAGGGCAAUAUUCAAACCAUGCUCGCCUGUGAAUAAUGGACUAAUUUAAGAGCCUUUUCCUCAUAUGGCAUCUUUGAGGCUGUAAUGAUAUGAGUCAGUGCCUUCAGGCAAGGAGAGAGAGGACCAACUUAAUAGAUUCAUAUGACAUAUAGUGACAUGGCUUCCAGGAAGGCUAUUUGAGCGCCACAAUAACAUUUUUCCAUACCCUGGUUUUUCUAGUGUCAUGCCUUGGGAAAUAAAGUUCAAAGCUAAGAUCCUCCAUUCUCUGGAGGGUUGUGCCCCAGAGCUACCCUGAAAGACAUGCUGGGGGACCACCCAGAAGUCCCCAGGCAAGGACUGCAUGGAAAUUGCCUGGGAAGUUCCAACUUGCAUUGGGCAAUUACCCUGCAUGUGGAACUCUCUGAAACACUGAUUUAAAGGUACUUUGGAUGGUUCCAACUCUCAGAAUAGUUACCCAAGAAAAGUUAGAAUUAAAACCAAUUCUAACUCCUGCGUAACUAAACUACUGUCCCCCCUCCACCCUGACUACCGCUGAAUACCCCUCACCUCCCAUGACCACCUGACCUCUCUCUCCCCU